GCGUAUAAAGAAGGCUUUGACAUGAAUUGGACUAAUACGAUUCGCGCACCGACGAAAUAAGAGCCGGAAUCAUGAGGAAAUAUCAGAUUUACGUGAUUUGUUUUGUUGUUUUGGCUUUUGCCGCUGCCACAGCUACAAGAGUUUGCAGCAACAGAAAUAUCUUGUGCUCUGUGGUUAGAUCAACUAGUUGUUCAAAGAAAAUCGUUUCCAGUCAUUGCCCAAGGCUUUGCAACACAUGUGGAGCAAAAUGUCGAAACAUAAAGGCGUCAAUGCGCGUUGAUUGUGGCUACCAUGGAAUUAGUCCGUUGGAUUGCUUGAGAAAGGGAUGUUGUUAUGGCGAAUUAAAGGUGGCUGGCCCGUGGUGUUAUCAUCGAAAAGCAAACUGUCCCAUGAUUGAAGCAAACAAACGUGAAGAUUGUGGUUACCCUGGGAUAAGCAAAUCAGAUUGCGUCAAAAAAGGAUGCUGUUACAACGCAAUCAAGGAAAAGGGACCGUGGUGUUAUUACAGGCAAGAAAAAUGCCGGAAAAUAGCAGCAACAAGACGUCAUGAUUGUGGUUAUCCAGGCAUAACGAAGCGGGCAUGCGAGAAGAAAGGCUGCUGUUAUAGUGAAUUGCUAAACCAAAGUGGACCGUGGUGCUACCACCGCCUAGAAAAAUGUCUGCGCAAAGCAACAGAACGUGACGACUGCGGCUAUCCUGGUAUAACAGAAUUCGAAUGCAUGAAAAGAGGUUGCUGCUAUAAUUCAUUGCCCGGUCGUGGGCCAUGGUGUUAUUACCGAUGAGAUACGAGGACCUUCGGAAGAUUAUAUGCGAACUUUAGUGUACUCAUUGUUGUAAAAAUAUGUUGUCAAAUAAAUACCUCUAAUAUAUGAACUUUUCCUUCCCAAUAAGAUCCAGUAGGAGAUGAAUGAUUUGACUGCCAAUUUUCUU